AUGCCCACAACAAGCUAUAAGAUGACCACCCCUCACAGUCAAGCUCAACCUGGCCCUUCUAUCGACCCGUAUCCAGACGAAUACAAAACAGCAGCCCUUGUCUUCUACAGCUGUAUCUUCAUAACUGGCUUAUUCGUUAAUGUCACUGCCUUAUGGGUUUUCAGUUGUACCACCAAGAAGAGAACCACCGUAACCAUCUAUAUGAUGAAUGUGGCACUACUGGACUUGAUAUUUAUAAUGAGCUUACCCUUUCGAAUGUUUUAUUAUGCAAAAGGUGAAUGGCCGUUUGGAGAGUACUUCUGCCAGAUUCUUGGGGCUCUCACAGUGUUUUAUCCAAGUAUUGCUCUAUGGCUUCUUGCUUUCAUUAGUGCCGACAGAUACAUGGCCAUUGUACAGCCGAAAUACACCAAGGAACUUAAAAACACAUGCAAGGCCAUGCUAGCGUGUGUGGGAGUCUGGAUAAUGACCCUGACAACCACCAUCCCACUCCUACUGCUCUAUGAAGACCCAGAUAAAGCCUCCAACCCUGCCACCUGCCUCAAGAUUUCUGACAUCAUCCACUUAAAAGCUAUUAAUGCGCUGAACUUCACUCGACUGAUUUUCUUUUUCUUGAUUCCUCUGUUCAUCAUGAUUGGGUGCUACUUGGUCAUUAUUCAUAGUCUCCUUCACGGUAAGACAUCUAAGCUGAAGCCAAAAGUCAAGAAGAAGUCUAUACGGAUCAUUAUCACGCUCAUGGUGCAGGUGCUCGUCUGCUUCAUGCCUUUCCACAUCUGCUUUGCUUUCCUGAUGCUGGGAGGGGAGGAGAACAGCUACAACCCGUGGGGAGCCUUUGCCACCUUCCUCAUGAACCUCAGCACCUGUCUGGAUGUGAUUCUCUACUACAUUGUUUCAAAACAAUUUCAGGCUCGAGUCAUUAGUGUCAUGCUAUACCGCAAUUAUCUUCGGAGCGUGCGCAGAAAGAGCUUCCGCUCGGGUAGUUUACGGUCCCUAAGCAACAUAAACAGUGAAAUGUUAUGA